AAAACUUCAAACGGUUAUACGAGCCAUGAAGGUCCUUAUUUUGACGAUCCGGAUAUCGAUUCCAAAACAUCCUCAUUUGGAUCAUCAAGAGACGAUAUGGCGUUCGGAAAACGGCUAGUGGAACGCUCUAAAUAUAUUCCCCUCCGGCUGGAUAUGGAGGAACGGAAGCUUCUCAGAUUAUUGGAAGCUGCCCUUAACGUUUCUGAAUAUACGGACAAAAUCGAUAUUAUAUCACAUUCUUUAAGCAAAAAACACCGUAUCGUUCAACAGAUCAAAGAAUUAUGCAGCAUUUUGUCUGGCUUAGUCGUUGCAAGUGACUAUAAAAAAGGUCAAGAAAUGUUCGCGAAUAAGAUGUAUGAAGAACAUGAACAAUUCUUUCAAGAUAUUUUUGAAAUAGGGAGGCGGCACAAAAUAAUGAACCCAGAAAAAAUGAGGGAUGCUUAUGGAAAACUGAUGUACAUGUUAAUGGACUCUAUACUACCGGAAGUUCAAUCAUUGCUUUCCUUUAAUUUGGUCAAACCAAUAAAAACUGUUUACAAUUUUCUUGACGAGCGAAAUGGUCUUGAGUUGCUUUAUGAUGAAAAAGUUGCUAUUGCUAUCAGGGAAAUUAAACCGGAGGGAAAAACGAGAUACCAAAUAAAUAGUGAGAUCAGACAAAAAGAAAGGGCUGUUGAAAAUUUAGGGGGAAGUCGAAAUAAUGAUUUUGAAUUUGGACUUCCUUCUCCUCCAA